CCCAGGCCCCUGCAGUGGCAGCGCGGUCUUAGCCACUGGACCACCAGGGAAUCCCAAGACUUCCAGUUUAAAAAUACCGUUCCUCUUGAACCUUGUGCUUACCAACAACUGUUUCUCGUCAACCAGCGCAAACACCUAGAACUGAAAACUGCGAAGCCUCCAGACGCUGCCCUUCUGAAGCUGUGGGUAAGACUUGCCUCCUGAUCAGUUACACUACCAAUGCAUUCCCUGGAGAAUAUAUCCCCACUGUCUUUGACAACUACUCUGCCAAUGUCAUGGUGGAUGGAAAACCCGUGAAUCUGGGCUUGUGGGACACAGCCGGACAAGAAGAUUAUGACCGAUUACGCCCCCUGUCCUACCCGCAGACAGUUGGAGAAACGUAUGGUAAGGAAAUACCUUCCAGGGGCAAAGAGAAGCCGAUUGCCGAUGUAUUCUUAAUUUGCUUUUCUCUCGUGAGUCCUGCAUCAUUUGAAAAUGUUCGUGCAAAGUGGUACCCGGAAGUGCGACACCACUGUCCCAACACACCCAUCAUUCUGGUGGGGACGAAACUUGACCUGAGGGACGAUAAAGACACGAUCGAGAAGCUGAAGGAGAAGAAGCUGACGCCCAUCACCUACCCGCAGGGCUUGGCCAUGGCCAAGGAGAUCGGUGCCGUCAAAUACCUGGAGUGCUCGGCGCUCACGCAGCGGGGCCUCAAGACAGUGUUUGAUGAGGCGAUCCGGGCGGUUCUCUGCCCACCCCCCGUCAAGAAGCGGAAGAGGAAGUGCCUGCUCUUGUGAACGUCCGCCCCCCACCGUCCGCCCCCAGGACCCUUUGUUUGCUUUGCUCAAACGGUGGAGCCUUCGCACUCAAUGCCAAGUUUUUGUUACAGAUUAGUUUUUCCAUAAAACCGUUUUGAACCAAUCAGUAAUUUCUAGGUUUUGUUUGUUUAAAGUGUACGAGUUCAAACUUUCACAUUCUAUUAAAGUUCAGCCCUAAAAUGACAAGCUUCCUUAAAGCCUUAUUUUUCAAAGCCCCUAUUCUUGCUCAGAGUUGCCAAAAUACCCUGUGCACUAAGUUGCAUUGUUGGGCUGAGAACACUAAGCGCUACGCUGUGGAAAGACCUUGGUCCGGAAGAGACUGUAGCUUUGGAGGCGGGAGGUGCAAAGCCUCGCUGGCGAGUUUCAGGCGAGAAGAGCGCGCGCAGCCUCCUUGCUGAAACGCCGCACGUAACGAGUCACGGCAGCGGCCCACGUUCACUCCCUAACGCUGUACUGGACGUCAGAGCGCACGAGCCAGCAGCUCACUCUUUGGAUCGGUCUUUUUGAUUUUGUAGUGAGAUUUUUAAAAACGAGUUCGUGUUUUAGCUUUUGUGAGAUUCUGAACAGAACUCUUAUCCCGUGCUCCCUGCGAUGGAGUGUUCUGCUCUGUCCGUGGGUGCCCUGGGGUGGAGUGUGUGGAACACUUGUGAUCAAAGAAUGGAGACAGUAUUUUGACAAAAUGUGGAGAUUAAUUUACACUACACUGUACACGUAAUCAUUAAAACUAUUAAAAGCAUCACGGGUAAAAGUUUUAAAAGGUUAAUUUCUGUCAAAUGCGGUAGAUGAAGAAAGGUCGGUAUUAUCAGUGAGUGUUUUCUUAAGCUUUUCCUUAAACCUGCCCACCCCUUCUGAAAUUGGGCAUUUAAUCAUCUCUGACCUGGUUAUCCUCAUAGUUGCUAACUUAGUAAGUGCUUUUCUUAUAGAACUCAUUCUUAAUGAGCAAUAUGCCUCCUUAUAUUAUAAAAUCUUUCUGAAUAUGCAUUAGAAAAUUUUUUUGUAGGUUAGUAAAAGUGCACUCCUGUUUUCAUGUUGCUUUAUUCAAAGCUAAUAAGUGCUCUCCUUAGUUUUCUAGUAACUAGGUUAUAAAAUCACGUGUUGCAGCUUUAUGGUUUUUAAGAUACUUCAGAUAUUCCUCAACUGUAAGCCUCAGCGUCACUGGCCAGAUGACCAACACUGCCCGUGAGUAGCGACGCUGACCCCUCUGCCUCACUGCGUGCACACGCUUCCUGUCCUUGCCCUAACGGUGUUCCUUGGGGUCUGUGAGGUUCCGCCAACCCCGUGCUCGUGCUAACGAAGUUCUGUACAACUUACCCACUGGCAAGAAUACGAGCUUGGACCUUUCAACCACUAGAACAAAAUUUUUUAAAUUGACAGUUGCAGAAUUGUGGAGUGUUUUUACAUUGAUCUUUUGCUAACGCGAUUAGCAGUAUGUUUUGCAUGUAUGACUUAAUAAACCCUUGAAUCAUA